UCAACUGAUAAGAAAAAGAUAUUCACGAAUUGUCGGAUAAUUAUUCACCUCCUAUUUGUGAUAAUAGACAUGAGGCUUGAAACGUUGGAACAUGUAAUAAACAAUAUCUCUACGUGCAUUCAAUUUCAGGAACUUGCUAAGGAGUUGGUGGUCAAAAAGCCAGACGAUCAUAUAAGCUACUUAAAACAAUGUCUCCCUCACGCUGCGGUUAAUCGCGAUAUCCCUAUAAUGAUCAUCCUUGCUCCACCGAACUUUGGUAUUCGCUAAUCUGCACUAACGCUAUAGAAAUGGACGUAAAAUAACAAAAUCUUGACUUCAUGUAAUGUCUAGAUAAAAUCCAAUUCGCUCGAGCUCUUCAGGCGGAGUUAGGUGUUCGUCCCGUAACUCUUAUUGAUAUUCACAAAGCAGCAUCCAUAGUAAGUUCAUUACAGGUACAAACUAGUUGAUUCACCUGGAUUUCACCAAAUAUUCAAUGCAAAUAUUAAGAGAAGAGUCACAAUAAUUAAUGAUAAGACUAUACACUUACUUUUCAGGGUAUGCAUGUCACCUGUAUGGCAGCGGAAGAUGUUGCGCGCAAUUUGAAGAAAAUCCUCUGUACUGGGACGCUGAACAAUAGCGGCUGGGUUCUCGUGGAUGUACCAAGGACAAAAGCGGAAGCCCAAGCUUAUCAGCGUAUUGGUAUAAUCCCUACUCACGUUCUACAAAUCAAUCUCACUUCUGAACCGACAGAUCACAAAUAUGAAGGCAAGAUGAUGACGAAAAUUCAGAUUCCGAUGGAAAACCGACACGAUCUCUCUUCGAAUCCUCAGCAAAGCAUUUUCAAAAAACACCUGCGUGGCCUUCGGAUUGCGUACUCGGACUGCUUGAUCGAAGUUGACGUCGGGGAUCGGAAUAUCAAAGAACUAGCAAAAGACUGCGCUAUCCUCGCAAAAAGAAGAAAACACUGCGGGGCUCCAUCGACCUUCCGAGUCGCCGUCAUCGGUUCCAGAGGUUCCGGAAGUCGUAGCGUCGCUAGAAAAUUGUGCGAACGAUUUCAGCUAGUACAUGUUGACUUUGAAAAGGUACUACAACAAACGCGACUCCAGAAUUCACCGUUGGGAAAAAAUCUGAGGAUGAUCGAGCACACUUGGGGUGAUAGACUAAAUCCUGAAACAAGGGCACAAGUGGUUGAGAAAUAUAUUCUGGGAUAUGAAUGCACGAAGCGUGGCUGGGUUCUAACAGGCUACCCCACAACUGAGAAGGACUUUCGGCUGCUUGACAUGAUGGCUACGCCGCCGAAUAGGGUGAUAUUUCUGGAAGUUGAUUCUUUCACCUGUAAGCAGAGGUUGCUAGGGCGACGUGUGAAUAUGUACACCGGGAGCAGGCACAAUCUUACGUCGGACAAUCUGUCGGAAAAUAAAAUGACCCACCUGGCUGUACACCCUGAAGAUUAUCGUAGCAAUGUGGAAAAACAGAUCAAAGAGUACGAAGACAAUGUAGCAGCGAUGAUGAAUUAUGCCAGAAGUUCAGCUACUGUUAUCGAUGGUUCUCGUUCCGAAUCUACCGUGCGAGAACUGGCGGAAGCUUGUUUAAUGAGACCUGCUCCAUGCGGACCACCGAGAGUUUCAAUUUCACCUCCGAUUGUCCGAUUUGAGGACAUCGAAUUUGACCCAGACGAUGAAGAAGAUCUUUGACGGUAUUCGAUCGCCAGUGGAAUAAAUUUUUUUAGACACGAUUACAAAUAACAUACCGUCAUCAAAAACUUUUCCACGUUAACUUACGGUGCUAAUAUUGUAUGAACAAAAUUUCGAUCGAGGAAUCGAUGAUUUCGUCAUGUUUCAAGUUUGCGGAUUAUUCUUAAGCCUGCAGAAUCGCGCGGUAAAAAAAUUGACGUUUCAUGCUCCAUGGGGUGCGCUACGCGCGUUCUCUUCAACUUGUUGUUUUCCUGACACACCAGGCAUCCAAACCUCGCGACGUCACAUUAUUCUACGAUAUGCCUCGCAUGUCGACGAGGGUACCGGGGGCGGCACACGUCACGCGGAAGCGUCGAGGUCAAAUGGCAUUCGGCGAUCGUUGACUGGGGUCGUGAGCUCCCAUCUUCGAGGGUGGGACACCCCAGGGUGUUGACGUAACAAGCACGUCAGGGAUUCCGGUGGCGCCUGGCCCACGGCAAUCAUCCACGUGUAGAAGUCGUGGUUGUAAAAAUCAUGACGUAUAUUUAGCGGGCAACACCCCUAGUUUUAUCUCCUAUAGAUGCAGAAAGGGGGUACU